AUGGCACGCAAAGAAGCGCUUCGAGGAGAUUCUGCGAUCGGCGAGCCUUUUGCUGACCUUGGAGUGCGUACUGAGCGCAGAUUGAUUGGAGUUCUCGGCGUCUUCUGGUUCUCUGACAGAGACUUGGUUACCGCAGCAGAUGAUGGUGUCUGCAGAGGCGGCGACUUGCGAUGGGCCUCGCAGUUGCAGAAAUAUGAGCUUGUUGGCGGGUUCGAAGACGCAGCAGAUCGAGAAGAGGAUUUGUCUGUAGAAGAUAUGCUUGAUGACAGGGGGCUCGCAAUCAUUGGCGUAAGAGUCUUCAGAAACUCCGUGUAUGCCACUGGCGGUGUUAUCGGCGUCUUCAGAGCGUCUUCAUUUUUGAUCAAAUCUAUUUUAGCCGAGAAUAGUGGGCUGUCAUGUAGCUCAGACGGAAACACCAGUGACUUGGAAGUAUCAAGCGGUGCCAAAGUGGGCUUUGAUGCAACGGGCAUUUUGAGAAGAGUUGGGCUGAGGAUAUCAAACAGCAGAACAGUCCAGCUAAGCAGCAGAAAGAACAGAACGGCCCGAUAUACAGAAGCUGUCCUGGCAGAGGACGAGGUAAACAGUAAUGUAUGUAUGAGAGACAGAUCGCCCGGCUAUGUUUGGAGCAAGAGUGGACCUAGGGGUACCGUUGUAUCAGGUGUCGACACGUAA